GGACACAAAUGAUGUUUGUAAUCAAAUUCUUCAGCUUUUUUUCCUUUUUUUAUUUUUAUUUUUUUGAAGGGAGGAGGGUUUGGUGGACAUAUAGGCGGGCUGACGAUCCCUCUCCACACGCUGUCAGCAACAGAGGAGCGCUGCAGUGGGAGCUGGGGCUUUUUCUCCCCUGGUUGCUAUUGUUUUGUGAAUGGAUAUUUAAAGUUUGAGAUCCAUGCGCUCUCUCUUUCUUUCUCUCUCUCUCUCUCUCUCUCUCUCUCUCUCUCUGUCUUAUGAAAGAGCAUGACCGCUGCUGAGCUUCAGACAGAUUUGACCUGAGCUCACACACAGGAGAGAAGGCGAAAUGGAGACUAUCACGACCCAUGACUUCCUGAUUAAUUCAACAGAACUGAACAGUGUCUUGUGCCGCUUCGGGAUCAAUAUUUCGGACUGCGAGCCAGGACGGGGCCCCUCUCCAGAGCCUAACGACAUCUCCCAGCCUGUCCGGAUCGUCCUGUACAGCAUCAUCUUCCUCCUCAGCCUCAUAGGCAACAGCAUCAUCAUCAUCGUCCUGCUGCCGGUAGGACGAAGACCGCGGCUGAGGACCAUCACCAAUCUGUUCCUGCUGUCCCUGGCAGUGAGUGACCUCAUGAUCUCCCUGGUGUGCAUCCCCUUCACCUUAAUCCCCAACGUCAUGAAGGAUUUCAUCUUUGGCCUCGGCAUGUGCAAGCUGGUCACAUACUUCAUGGGCGUCUCGGUCAGUGUUUCCACCUUCAACCUGGUGGCCAUUUCCAUCGAGCGCUACUAUGCCAUUUGCAGCCCCCUCGCUUCCAUGGUGUGGCAGACAAGGAGCCACGCCAAAAAGGUCAUCACCGCCACCUGGGUGGUGUCCUUCAUCAUGAUGCUGCCCUACCCAAUUUCCAGCACCCUGAGGCCCUUCACCCGCCUCGACAACAGCACAGGACACAUGUGUCGCCUGAUAUGGCCCAACACAGUGUUCCAGCAGUCCUGGUACAUCGCGCUGCUGCUGGUGCUUUUCCUGAUUCCUGGUAUCAUGAUGAUGACGGCCUAUGGACUCAUCUCCUUGAAGCUGUACAAGGGAAUCAAGCGAGCACAGUCCCUGAAGAACUCCAGCCAUGAACGCCACGCCAGCAUCGGCAGCGUCAAACCAGGAAAUGGCGGCGGCUACAGCUCAUCUGAGAGCAAGAGAUCGAGGAAGAGCAGAAGCGGCGAGUUAGCGGAGGCGUCCCGAAACUCCAGCAAAAAGGAGCUGAUGGCCAAUAAACGCGUCAUCCACAUGCUCAUAGUCAUCGUUUUUCUCUUCUUCCUCUGCUGGACCCCCGUCUUCGUCGUCAACGCGUGGAAGGCGUUCGACCAGCGCUCGGCCAACCGUCUGACGGGGGCGCCCAUCUCUUUCAUCCACCUGCUGUCCUACACCUCGUCCUGCGUCAACCCCAUCGUGUACUGCUUCAUGCACAAACGCUUCCGGCGGACCAUCCUGGCUACCUUUUGUAGCUUCAACAUCCCGGGGAGAAUCAGGAAGUGGUUCUACUGGGGGAAGAAAAAAAGCCCAUCUGAAUGGCACAAAGACGUGGCGAGAGGAUACGCGCCCUCCAGUGACCUGAAUGUCGAUACUCAAAGCACCAGAGAGAGCACGCCUGGCGUCAACACGAACAUCCCCAUGACUCAGUGCAGCGAGGUCCCGUGAUCUGGACUGCUCUGUGCAUGCGGUAUGUAGAAGACAGCGUGUUGCAUGUUGCUGAGCCCUCACAGUGCUUUCAGGACCGGUUUAUGGGUCUUUCUUUCAUUUUAGCUUGGUGUGAAACGACACGAGUCGGUAGGCUCCUCACAGCAGACGGUCACAGCCAGAUGUUUUCCGGAGACCUUCAGAGUCCAGAGUACUGACAAUGCUCGUUCAUCUUCAGGGUCCGCGAGCGCGACAUGAAGUGCUCUUGUAACCUGGUUGUUGUUAUAAUUACACAAAAUGUCUUUUUUUGUUGUUGUUUGUAUUGUUCUCUACCUGACCGAAAAGCUGUCAUUGUUUUGAAUGUGUUACUUUAAGAACAGUAGCCCCUCCUUUUUAUUUCUUCUUCUAUGGUUUUGUCUUUAAAAUGUUUGCGUCCCUUAGGCCCUCCCCUUUUGUCAUGUUGUCCUGCGGGAGAGGUGUGUCCUAUUUACUUUCUAUCUAAAUACUUCCAGUUUAUUUGUAGAUUUAUUACGUUAAUUUCUGUUAUGUAUUUUUGUUUGUGUAGGACUUGGAGCGGGCAGCUUGUAACUAUUGUUUUUCUGUUGGAUAUUUUCGUCAGAAUAAAUCUUUGAAAGCCAAACAGAGUCACGGCCUGACUAACAUCUAAUAACCAGCACAACGCAGAAGGGAUCCGGUUACACUUGGUGCCGUUUGACCCGCUGUAACGUCGAAUCUCCACUGCUGCAGCUGCUGCUACGUUGUCCCUUUCCCGCCUUUGACGUCUUGCUCCGCCUUUGCCCCGCGCUUUGACUGGCAGGCGUUGGCGCGCUGUAUCCUAGCAACGAAGUAACUGUUUCUGUUGGUCUUCUUUUUUUGUGCACCUCGUUUUAUACAAGUGAAGAGGGGAAAUAAGUGAAGAAUAAUUGAAAAAGUUUUUUAAUUUUAUAAAAGUUUUUUUGUGUGUUUUGGGACAAUAAAACCAAUCUUAAAACAGUACAAUCAACAAAUAAUAAUAAUAAUAAACAAAAUGUAAAGACAUGAAA